AUGGCGAGCUCUAUGCUGAACUACUUUAAGUUUGGUAACUCCAAAGAUGCAACCGCAACUAAAGCCACUCCUGUUCGAGCUUUACCAGCCUCAUGGUAUACUUCGCCAGAAAUGUAUGAGCUGGAACGGCGGGCCAUUUUUUCCAAGAAAUGGCUCUUUAUCACUCACAAUUCGCGUCUCAAGGAAGCUGGAGAUUGGCUUCGUUAUGAGAUCGCAGGCUUCGAUUUCAUCAUUACUCGCGACCGCCAGGGUGAUAUAAAUGCAUUCCAUAAUGUAUGCAGACACCGUGCCUACCCUGUGAUCGAGAAAGAGGGCUCUGGAAAUAACAAGAUUCUGGCUUGUCGCUACCAUGGCUGGUCUUACGGUCUCAAUGGAAAGUUGGCGAAAGCUCCCGGAUACCAAGAUUUGGACGGAUUCAACAAGGAUCAAAACGGCCUUUUCAAGAUUCAUGUUAAGGUCGAUGUUAAUGGAUUUAUCUGGGUCAACAUGGACUCAAAAGAAACACCCGAGAUUCCCUGGGAACGAGACUUUCAGGGUGUUGACGAACAACCACGAUACCAAGCCUAUAACUUCGACGACUAUAAUCUGGACCAUACUUAUGAGCUGGACGGUGACUAUAAUUGGAAGGUACGUUAUAAUUGCUUACGAAGUACUUUUAUUAUACCUACACCAGCCCAUUGUUCUAUUAACAAGUCAAAGGUGCUGCAAGACAAUUUCAAUGAAUGCUACCAUUGCCCAACUACACACGCCGAUAUUCCUGAAUUUCUGAACCUCGAAUCCUUCGAGAGUGAUACCAAAGACGGCCAUAUCCAGCACCAUUGCGUUUCAACACCCGAGCAGCUGGCCAAGGGCCUUUAUACAGCGAGUACCUACUAUUUCCCCAUAACUGCUAUGGUUGUUUCGCCCCAUUUCAUGAUGAUUCAAAAAUUCUUCCCCAAAGGCCCUGGCUCUUCGAAGAUGAAUUAUGAAAUCUACCGAAACAGGAAUUCCUCGGAUGCCGACUUCAAGCUUAUCAGUGAGAUGUAUGCAAGGGUUAUGUCGGAGGACAAAGUUCUUUGCAUCAAUGCGCAGAAGAACCUCGACCGCGGUGUCUUCAUUAGUGGCCAGCUACACCCAAAGUACGAAAAAGCGCCUCUAUUCUUCCAAAGCACUGUUCGUGAUGUCAUCACAGAGCAUUUUAAUCGGGAAAAAUCAGAAGGACAUCAAAUUUGGCCCGCGCGACAAAAGUUGCCUGAAAAUUCGCAAGUCGGCGAUGCAGAUGAGGCUAUCUGUACAGGCCUUAGCUGUGGAGCUCAGAAAGAGGUUUUGGCAUGGUAA